CCCAUCUCUAGUCUCGCGACAUUGCAACUGCAUUUCUCUCCGCGGAACAGCUCGAGGGAUCGAGGGAUCGACAACAAAGAGCAUACGUUCAAAGAUGGCCUCGCUCAGCUCGCGCCGGCUCAUGAAAGAGCUGUCUGACAUCAAAACCAAGGGCACGCCGGCGGGCAUCGCUCUCCUCACCGCCGACUCCAUGCAGGAGUGGUUCUUCACCAUUAGGGUGCUGGGCGACGAAACGGUGUACAAGGACGAGGUAUUUGCACUGCGAAUGAUAUUUGGUGAUCGAUAUCCGAUCGAGUAUCCUCAAGUUACGUUUGUCGCAAACAAGGAAUACCAGCCGCCCGUGCACCCGCACAUCUACAGCAACGGGCAUGUGUGCGCUUCGAUCCUCGGUCCCGAGUGGUCGCCCGUGCUCAAUGCCGUGUCCAUCUGCCUGACGAUGCAGAGCAUGCUCGCGAGCUGCAAAAAGAAGGAGUUGCCCCAGGGCAACGACCGGUAUGUGGCCACUGCGCCUAGCAACCCGAAGCACACGCGGUGGGAAUAUCACGACGACACCGUUUGAAGCAACUCUAUCGCCAGUUCGCCCGUCGCCGGUCGAGGGUUAGCCAUAGCACAACAACGCAGUGUAGUUGAAAUCACCCAUCAUAAUGUCAUUACAAGUACAGUCUAAAUGUUGCGAGCUAGCGAGCCCAAGCGUGCGAGCGAGU